AUGUUAUUACUCGCCAGUCAAAUUCUCUUCGCCGCAGUCGCCAAUGCGCUACCAUCUCGGAUAAUAUCAAGACAAGAUCUAGUUGAUGUUGGGGGAUUCAAGAUUAAUGCGGCAAACAGAAUAAUUCCCGUUGUUGUUGGUGGAGCGCAAGAUACCUUCGUACCGAACACGGUAACAGCAGCUGUGGGCGAUAUCAUACAAUUCCAAUUCAGCAAUGGCAACCACACCGUAACUCAGAGCGCCCAGGACAAGCCCUGUCAACCACUCCAGGCUACCGUCGCGACCGCCAUCCACAGCGGACACAUUCCAUUCCAAGAUGGGCAGACGACAGUCGGCACAUUCAAUAUGCCCGUAACCAACGCCGAUACCAUGUUCCUAUACUGCGCAACUGGUCCUCAUUGCCAAUUGGGACAAGUGAUGGUCGUCAAUCCCAAGGACGAUCAGCAAAUAGUCAACUACGCGAAGGGCGCCGCAUCCACGAACUCCAGCGUCGACGGCGGUGCCGUAUCCGGUGGAAGCGUCGCCUCGAUCCCACUCGCUGCCGCAGCUUUCGUCCCCGCCCCGGCCCAACAAGGGCCACCGGGUGGUGCUGCUCCCGCCGCCGAGGCCCCAGCGGCUACGGCAGCUCCUGCUUCAUCGAAAACUGCUGCUAGCAAGGCCGCUGUUACGCCCAGUGAAGAGACUAUUACAAUAACUGCGAAGGCAGGAGCCACGAUCACGCUACCGCUGCUCGGUGCUGCGGCCGCCGCCGGCGGGACAACGACGACUACCAUCACGGUGCCGGCGGCGAAGGCCACGGCGGCUCCCGCUGCCGCCUAG